AUGGGGGAUGAGUGUGGGGCCCAGGGGGUAGGAGGGUGCACGGAAGGAGGGUGGAAGGAAGGAGUAAGGGAAGGAGUAAGGGAAGGAGUAAGGGAAGGAGUAAGGGAAGGAGUAAGGGAAGGAGUAAGGGAAGGAGUAAGGGAAGGAGUAAGGGAAGGAGUAAGGGAAGGAGUAAGGGAAGGAGUAAGGGAAGGAGUAAGGGAAGGAGUAAGGGAAGGAGUAAGGGAAGGAGUAAGGGAAGGAGUAAGGGAAGGAGUAAGGGAAGGAGUAAGGGAAGGAGUAAGGGAAGGAGUAAGGGAAGGAGUAAGGGAAGGAGUAAGGGAAGGAGUAAGGGAAGGAGUAAGGGAAGGAGUAAGGGAAGGAGUAAGGGAAGGAGUAAGGGAAGGAGUAAGGGAAGGAGUAAGGGAAGGAGUAAGGGAAGGAGUAAGGGAGUAA